AUGGAUAAGAGUCAACCAAUUAUUAUUGUGGGUUCUGGAGUCUACGGGUUGUCUUCGGCCUAUCAUUUGGCGACUGCAGGGUACACCAACAUCAAGGUUUUUGACCGGGGCGACUACGACAACAAUGAGUUUAGUCCGUUGCAGGGAGCCGAUGGGGCAUCUACAGAUGUUAACAAAUUAGUUAGAGCUUCUUAUGUCGAUAAGGUGCAUUAUCAGGAUCUCGCGGUGGAAGCGUUGCACGACUAUCAUGAAUGGAAUGAGCAGUUGUUGAAAAUGCCAUUCUUACCGCGGGCUUUGGCAACGAUUCAAGAACGGUGUCUUCAAGAGGGCGAUCUUGAGCCUAUUUUUCAGAACACCGGCUAUAUCAGGCUUGACGACUAUGAAAACGGCGAAGAGGAGAGAAACUUGCACAACUUCGAGAAGGCCGGACUUCGCAAACACUCCUACGACAUCAAUAAUGCGGACGAUAUCACCAGAGCCAAGAUUACAGGCUGGUACAGAGCCUUGGACCCAUUGAAUCAACGAGAAAAGGUUCCCACUUUGACAGGAGUACUUGACUCCUUUGCUGGGGUAGCUUUGGCUGACAAGUGUUUGAUCUGGGUGAGAUAUUUGUGUGAACGGACAGGCAACGUGCAGUUUAUUUAUGGACCCGGAAAAGGGGAAGUGCUGAACCUCGUGUAUAGUGCAGAAGACAGCUUGAAGGUUGUGGGCGUCAAAACCGUUGACGGAAAGGAACACCAAGCAACUAAAGUUGUUUUGGCAGCAGGAGGAUGGACUCCCAAAUUUGUGCCAGAGUCCCUCUCUCCAAGACUUGAAGCCAUGGCAUCAACAUACAUAAUGAUCCAAAUCCCCAGAGACCGUAGGGACUUGAUUAACAAGUACAGGCGCAUUCCUAUGAUCAACUGGAGGAUGACGUAUGAGCUGAACUUUCGCUCAGAUGCAGUGUAUGUUUUCCCUGCCACCCAUGAUGGGAUCUUGAAAAUGGGUGUUAACGACCAUUACUGGAGAAACUUGGUGAAGGUUGGAGAUGAGAUGGUCAGUAUUCCCGACACAAACAUGAAACUUCUUCCCAAACAAUCAUUAUUAGACUACCAAAAGUUCAUUAAGGAAUUCAUGCCAGACCUUUACGAAGCUGGUGCAUCCAUCGAAAAGACAAAAAUCUGUUUUUCUUCUGUGGGGCAGCAGAACGAGUUGGUGAUUGAUUUUGUUCCUAGUUACAAGAACCUUUUAGUUUGUGCAGGAGGUGGAUUCCAUGGAUACAAGUUUUUGCCGGUUAUUGGGAGGUUCACAGAAGGCUUAAUCUCUGGAAAGCAGUACAGUCACAGUCAAUUUUUUAAAUUCGACUAUAUCGAUCCCAAAGAUUAUAAACCAAUAGUCAAGGACCCUGAACAUGAAUAUGCUUUAAACAGUGUAGAAUUUGCUGAAAGUCGUCUGAAGUACUACGAUUAUUAAAGAAUUAAAUAUAAAAUUUGC